AGUCGCAGGCUGCACUGCUGGCGGUGAACUCGUGUUUAUAAAAGGCUGACACCGGUGACAGGGGGCAGGUAGGUGCCGACGCUGCAGUCGGCGUGCAAGCGAGCGAGCGUACGUGGGUAGCACAGCGUUCCCAGUCCGUAGCAUGGCCGAUGCGGAACAGCAGCUGCCGCAGCAACAAGUGCCCGGGGAAGGGCAAGAGGAGGAGGUGGACCAGCCGCUUCCUGCUAUCGACGAACCCUUCCUCCAGGGUGUGCUGCGGAGCCACCUCCGGGACGACGGACUCGUCGUGGACAAAGUCGAUGUCGGUCCGGGCAGUGGACCCGGGGACAACUACAUGAGCACUGUGUACAGUGCCGUAGUACGUGGCAAGACGGGACGACUAGAGGCGUUCGAGGAGCAGCUGGUGGUGAAGUUGUGGCCGGCGGACGCGAAGCGGCGGCGGCUGUUCCGCUGCGCGCAGGCGUUCAGCCGCGAGGCGUGCGGCUACGGCGAGGUGGUGCCUCGGCUGGGCGCCGCCGCCGCCGCGCUCUUCCCGCGCUGCCUGUACGCCUCGCCCGCCGGCGUCGUCGUGCUGCAGGACCUGCGCCCGCUCGGCUUCCGCAUGGCCGACCGCCGCGUCGGCCUCGACCUGCCGCACGCCGAGCUCGCGAUCAGGAAACUGGCCCAGUUCCACGCGACUACGUUGGUUCUGAAGAGGGACAGCCCGGAGACGGCGGAGCGCCUGAGGCGGAUGCUGCAGCCGGACCUGACGUUCGCGACGGCGGCGCGCCUGCUGACGAGCGACUCGGUGGACAACGCGUUCCUCAUGGCCGUGGAGUCGCUGAGCGACGAGCGCCAGUGGGACGAGCCGCUGCGCGCCGCCGUGGCCGCCGUGCGCCCGCUGCGCGACCAGCUGUACGACCGGCUGCGGCGGCUGCUCGCCGACGUCGACGAGGCCACCGCUGUCGUCUGCCACGGCGACAGCAGCGCCAACAACAUGCUCUUCCAAUACGACGACCAGCGGCGCCCGCAGGACCUGCGCUUUCUCGACAUGCAGGUGCUGCGGUACGCAUCGGCUGCUACCGACGUGAUGUACCUGCUGUUCACGACCGUGCAGAGUGCCGUCCUCAGCGAACACCUGCAGGACCUGGUGGGCGCCUAUCACCAGCAGCUGCAGCACGAGGCGGCCGGCGCCGCGGACCACAUCACUCUGGACCAUCUGCAUUCGGAGGUGCAACGCCACGCUCUCUGGGGGCUGCUGAUGGGCUUCUGGCUGAUGCCGGCGAUGAUGAUCAGUCCGCAGAACGUACCCAGUAUGGAGGGCAGCGAGUCGCUGUCCAAGCAGCGCAUCAGCGAGUGGGCGCGCAAGCUGGGCCCCGACUACUGCGUGCGCAUCGAGAGCAUCAUGCGCAGCUACAUCACACUACUGAGGUCUCGGCCAGGUGCCGAAACUGCCUAGGGGCCGGAGCCGGGGGCGGGCCUCUCAGACCUUGCCGUGCACGGAAAUGAACAUUUUAAUAAGAAGUAGUGUUUAGGAAAGGGAACUGCCUCUGACAAACUGACGUAUACUAUUACAGUCUUACGUAAAACGUAGUUUUUACAUCACUGACUCCUACAAUAUUUUAUCGAUGACACUGUUUUACCCACUCACUUGUAAUCGAAGGGCGCUAUUACGUUAUAUAAACGAGGAUUAAAUUCGUUUUUACUUAUAAAUCAAUCGUACUGCAACAAUUGCUAAAAAAUUUUUUAAUAGUAAUUUCUUGUACGCAUCAUUUUGUUAUUAUUUAAUUGUAAGUAAUGCUACCCAUUCAGGUACCAAUGUUCACAAGUUAAGAUCACGUUACCAGUCAUUUUAAAGGUUCUUCUCUGAUCACUUCGUGACUGAAAAUCAUUGUCUUUAACGUUUUACUAUCCUCAGAGUCAAGAUGUUUUGUUUUGUUUCCUUACCCCUUUUAUGUUUCCUUUAGAUGAAUGCUGUAUAAAAUGAAAAGCACUUUCUUGUACAUAUUGU